UCCCUCCCGCCCCCGCUGCCGCCACCACAGCAGCAGCCUCCGGGAGCUUCUGAGGAGGCGCGGGCCGCCGCAGGCUGGGGCGCUGCAGUGCGCCGUCCGGAGCCCCUGGACGAGGCCCAGGGAGCCGCUCGCCCAAACCCCGCCGCCCGAUGUCCUCAAGAUGGAGGUAGGGCGGAGGGCGCCGUGAAGAAAGCCGCGCUGUGGGCGCGGGGGCCAGGGCGCGGGCGCUCCGGGCGGAGGCGGUGGCGGGAUGGGGCUGCUGCUUAUGAUCCUGGCGUCCGCCGUGCUGGGCUCCUUACUCACGCUGCUCACCCAGUUCCUGCUGCUUUACCGCAAACAGCCCGAGCCGCCGCCGGACGAGGCCGCCCGCGCGGCCGACGGCUUCCGCUACAUCAAGCCGGUGCCGGACCUGGCCCUGAGAGAGUACCUUUAUGGCGGCGGCGGGGCUGAGGAGCCCUCCGGCGGGCCACCCGAGGGCGGCACGACUCCGGCCCCCGAGACCCCCGCCCCGCCGACGCGGGAGACCUGCUACUUCCUAAACGCCACCAUCCUGUUCCUGUUCCGGGAGCUGCGGGACACCGCGCUGGCCCGCCGCUGGGUCACCAAGAAGAUCAAGGUGGAGUUCGAGGAGCUGCUGCAGACCAAGACGGCCGGGCGCCUCCUGGAGGGGCUGAGCCUGCGGGACGUGUUCCUGGGCGACACCGUGCCCUUCAUCAAGACCAUCCGGCUCCUCCGGCCCGUGGUGCCCUCGGCCACCGGGGAGCCCGACGUUCCUGAGGGGGAGGCGCUGCCCGCCACCUCCCCCGAGGAGCUGGCCUUCGAGGCGGAGGUGGAGUACAGCGGGGGCUUCCACCUGGCCAUCGACGUGGACUUGGUCUUCGGCAAGUCCGCCUACCUGUUCGUCAAACUGUCCCGGGUGGUGGGGAGGCUGCGCUUCGUCCUCACCCGCGUGCCCUUCACCCACUGGUUCUUCUCCUUCGUGGAGGACCCGCUGAUCGACUUCGAGGUGCGCUCCCAGUUCGAAGGGCGGCCCAUGCCCCAGCUGACCUCCAUCAUCGUCAACCAGCUCAAGAAAGUGAUCAAGCGCAAGCACACCCUCCCGAGUUACAAGAUCAGGUUUAAGCCGUUUUUCCCAUUCCAAACCUUGCAAGGAUUCGAAGAAGAUGAUGAAGAGCAUAUCCAUAUACAACAAUGGGCACUUACUGAAGGCCGCCUUAAAGUUACAUUGUUAGAAUGUAGCAGGUUACUUAUUUUUGGAUCCUAUGACAGAGAGGCAAAUAUUCAUUGCACACUUGAGCUGAGCAGUGGUGUUUGGGAAGAAAAACAAAGGAGUUCUAUUAAGACGGUUGAAUUAAUAAAGGGGAAUUUACAAAGUGUCGGACUUACACUUCGUCUUGUCCAGUCAACUGACGGGUAUGCUGGGCACGUCAUAAUUGAGACCGUGGCCCCAAACUCGCCUGCUGCAAUUGCUGAUCUUCAGCGGGGAGAUCGACUGAUUGCUAUUGGAGGUGUGAAAAUCACAUCUACACUGCAAGUGUUGAAGCUUAUCAAGCAGGCUGGUGACCGAGUCCUGGUAUAUUAUGAAAGGCCUGUUGGCCAGAGUAACCAGGGUGCAGUGCUGCAAGAUAACUUUGGACAGUUGGAAGACAACUUUCUGUCAGGCCCAUGCCAACCAAACUAUGAAGAGGAAACAAGUGGGUUGGCAGUAGAUGCUGAAAACAGAGACCUGGAUUCUGAAUUUGAAGACUUAGCAAGUGAUGUGAGAGCACAAACUGAGGUCAAGGAUGAGGCACAGUCAUUAAGUCACAGUCCCAAACGUACUCCAACAACACUUUCUGUUAAACCCCUUGGAACUAUAUCACCAGUUUUAAACCGUAAAUUAGUUGUAGGAAGUUACCCACCACCCCCAAAACUUCCAUCCAAAGAAGGAAAUAAGCCCUUGGCCCUAAAAUCUUCUGAGAUAACAGAACCAGCACAAGUGUCAAAACCCACCCAAGGAUCCACUUUCAAACCACCUGUGCCACCACGACCACAAGUCAAAGUUCCUUUACCUUCUGCUGAUGCCCCAAAUCAGGCAGAACCAGAUAUUCUCGUUGAAAAGCCAGAGAAGGUGCUGCCGCCGCCACCUGCUGCAGAUAAACCUGCUGAAAAGCCAGCGAAAAACCUGGAUCACGUCGAAGAAGCAGCUGCAGCUAAGCAGUUUCCAGCAAAGCAAGAAGUGGCAAAAGAUUUGACUUCAGAAAGUUCCUGCCCUCCUACGGACAGUUCAGAUGACCAUCAAACGUGGGAGUCAUCAGAAAUUCUUUAUCGUAAUAAGCUCGGAAAAUGGACAAGAACCAGAGCCAGCUGUCUCUUUGACAUAGAAGCCUGCCACAGGUACUUAAACAUCGCACUGUGGUGCAGGGAUCCUUUCAAAUUAGGGGGUCUCAUCUGUUUGGGGCACGUCAGCUUAAAACUUGAAGAGGUGGCUUUAGGAUGCUUAGCUACAUCGAACAUGGAAUACCUUUCCAAAUUCAGACUGGAAGCCCCAUCACCUAAGGCCAUGGUCACGAGAACCGCGCUACGUAAUCUGAGUAUGCAGAAGGGGUUCAAUGACAAAUUUUGUUUCGGUGAUAUUACUGUUCACUUCAAAUAUCUGAAAGAAGGAGAGCCAGACCACCAUGUAGUUACUAACUUAGAGAAAGAAAAAGAACUCCAUUUGGUCGAAGAGGUUUCUGCCCUUCCUAAAGAGGAGCACUUUGUUGGACAGAUGGGUUUAACAGAAAAUAAACAUAGUUUCCAGGAUACUCAGUUCCAGAACCCAACUUGGUGUGAUUACUGUAAGAAAAAAGUUUGGACUAAAGCUGCUUCCCAGUGUAUGUUCUGUGCUUAUGUUUGCCAUAAAAAAUGUCAGGAAAAGUGUCUAGCCGAGACUCCUCUUUGUGGAGCAACUGAUCAACGGCUAGACCGGGCCCUGAAAAAUCUCAGGCUGGAAGGACAAGAAACCCUCUUAGGCCUGCCCCCUCGUGUUGAUGCUGAAGCUGGGAAGUCAGUCAACAGAAUGACAGGUUUGACAAGACAUAUUAUCAAUACGAGCUCUCGUUUGUUAAAUCUGCGUCAAGUAUCUAAAACUCGCCUUUCUGAGCCAGGGACUGAUCUAGUAGAACCUUCACCAAAACACACACCCAACACAUCAGACAACGAAGGCAGUGACACAGAGAUCUGUGGCCCAAACAGCCCUUCUAAACGGGGCAACAACACAGGAAUAAAAUUAGUGAGAAAGGAGGGUGGUCUGGAUGACAGCGUUUUCAUUGCAGUUAAAGAAAUUGGUCGUGAUCUGUACAGGGGGUUGCCUACAGAGGAGAGGAUCCAGAAACUAGAGUUCAUGCUAGAUAAACUGCAGAAUGAAAUUGAUCAGGAGUUGGAACAUAAUAAUUCCCUUGUUAGAGAAGAAAAAGAGACAACAGAUACGAGGAAAAAAUCACUUCUUUCUGCUGCUUUGGCUAAAUCAGGUGAAAGACUGCAAGCUCUAACACUUCUUAUGAUCCACUACAGAGCAGGCAUUGAAGAUAUUGAAUCUUUAGAAAGUCUGUCCUUAGACCAGCACUCCAAAAAAAUAAGCAAGUACACAGAUGAUACAGAAGAAGACCUUGAUAGUGAAAUAACCCAACUAAUAGACUCUCAGCCAUUCAGUAGCAUAUCAGAUGACUUAUUUGGCCCAUCUGAGUCUGUGUAACAGUCUGUUUAAACUUUCUAGUGAUUGAGGAAAAGUUGCAUCUAAAGUACCACAGAUACAACCACAUUUAAACCCUCUUAUUAUGCACUUUGGCCUGCUUCACAGUUAUUUGCUUGUGUAAGAACUAGAGUGGAAGAGGUGGUUUUUCCAGCAAAAACAUGAUCAGCUCACUAAA